AUGAGGCCACCAAGAGGCGGCGGGUUCAGGGGAGGGAGAGACGGAGGUUUCAGGGGAGGGAGAGACGGCGGUUUCAGGGGUGGACGUGGGGGCCGUGGUGGCCGUGGUGGUUUUGGGUUUCGUGAUGAAGGCCCUCCUGAUGAAGUAGUAGAGGUUUCAGCGUUUAUUCAUGCCUCUGAGGGAGAUGCAGUGACAAAGCUAACCAAUGAGAAAAUACCAUACUUCAAUGCUCCAAUCUUUUUGCAGAAUAAGACCCAGAUAGGGAAAGUUGAUGAAAUCUUCGGUCCCAUUAAUGAAUCUUAUUUUUCUAUCAAAAUGAUGGAAGGAAUUGUGGCGACUUCUUAUGCGCCAGGGGACAAGUUUUAUAUUGACCCGGGCAAACUCUUACCUCUUGCAAGAUUUCUUCCACAACCGAAGGGACAAGCUGCAAGAGGUGGUGGUCGUGGUGGAAGAGGCAGAGGUGGUUUUGGUGGUGGCAGAGGUGGUUUUGGUGGUGGCAGAGGUGAUUUCCGUGGAAGAGGAAGGGGUAGAGGUCCACCUAGAGGUGGCGGCCGCGGACGUGGUGGUUUUAGGGGAAGAGGGAGGGGAUAA